AUAUUAUUACUGAAGAACAGAUUAAAAAUAAAGGCGAAGUGUUGGUGCCGAUCGAACUUCUUUCGAAUUAUUUUUCAAAUAAAAAUGCAGCCAAUAAAAGUCUCAUCAUCAUAAAAGCGCGUACCAUCGUUGUGCCUCUUUUUAGAGAUGCAAAUUUGAUUUUAGAAUGGAUACAAAAAUACAUACCGAGCACUGGGACAAAACCGGUGAUGUUAGUUGAAACGUAUGGUGUUCGAUUUACUUUUUGUGGUCGUAAUGACACUAUAGAAACUCUUUGGAAUGGAGGUAGCGCAGAACAAAGUAAUGGGAUUCUGAAUCGAUUUAAGAACUUUUUCUCUGACCGUCCAAAACAUGAUCGCAACCUUCAUCCAAUCCCAUUCCUAGCAUGUUGUCCCGGCACAGGAAAAAGUCGGUUUUUGCAGGAACUUGUUAAUAUUAUUCGCGAUAAGGCUUUAAAUUCUGGAGAUGAAGAUAUUGCAUCCGUGUUAGGUAAUGCAGUUUUUCUGAACGUUACUUAUGGAAAUGGAACAGGGGUAACGGAUUUUGACAUUAAUAUUGGAGCAGAAGCUUCGGUAGCUUUGAGGAUCUUAUUCAGCUAUUUUGUACAUGGCAAUAUAAAUGUGAGCUUUGCCAAGUUUAGAGACACGAUUAUUGGGCGAGAAAAUUCAAAGCAAUUAACAUUGGCUCUUGUUUUAAGAACCAUUUACGAAAGUAAGCAUGAAAGAGACAAAAGUAUUAAUAAGCUUGCAAUUAUUGUCGGUAUUGAUGAAGUCAACAAAGUAUUUGAUAAAGAUUACGAUAAAUUUCGUGAUCUCGUAUCUGCAAUUGGCAUAGCGAGUUGUGAUUCAGAAAUGUUUUUUGUUCCAGUAUUAGCGGGUACAGUAGAAGGUCCACUUCAGUCAAUUAUUACAAAAUCAAUGCAUCCACCUCUUCAGUUACCAUUGCAUUUGUUAGACAUAGAAGAUAUGUUAAAAAUAGCGUGUGAUCUCGGCUUUGAUCAAAAUUUUGUUUAUAAAGAUAAUCUUUUCAGACGUAUGAUUUCUGAUGUAGGUGGUCAGGUGCGCGCUUUAGAAAUGUUUUAUGAAAAAAUUUCGAAAGCAUCCAGAACCCGCGGAUUGAAAGGCAUUGAUUUAGUGGACAUUAUGUUCUCACUUGAAUCAUUAUUAAAUGAACGGUAUGCAUUUAGAAUUUGUGCUAACAUGAUCACCUCAGUGCUCGCAAAUGCAAUUUUAGAAAGACCUGUUCAUGCUGACGAUUCUCCUGGCAAGGAUGAAAGGAAUCAGCUUAUCACAUACAAAAUAUUAAAGUCCAAUGGAAUUUUAACACUUGAACCAACUGGUAGAAGAAAUAAUGGCUUUUUUUAUAUACGUCUCCCCUAUCUUUGGGUACGAUUACUGAUAAAAAAUGCUGAUAAUAGAUCAAUUCAUAAAUUCUGGCAUGUGCUUAUUGAUCCUGAUGAACCAUUUUAUUGGCAAGAUUGGGAAAUUUUUAAUGUUAAGUUUUGGGCCUUGCGCUAUUGUUUAUUUUCAGCACUUGGACACAAACAUAUAGAGUUAAAUGAACUGUUAAAAGGAGCUCGUUAUUCAGAUAAUUUAGAUGUGGAUGCAAAUGUAGAUAUUCCUGAUCAUGAAUCUGUUAACACGCAUUAUCUUAUUCAUCGAUUUCCUCCUUUUAACGCCUCUAAUUUUAGUAAUGAUAUGUUAAAUACUGAGGGUAGAACUUGUAAUAUUUCACUUCAAGAUAAUAGUAAAAUUUUUAAAAAUGGGGGAGGGGCAGAAGGUGAUAGGUUUUGUUUCUUGAUCACUAACGGGAGGCCAAUGUUUUUGUCAUUUCAAAUGAAGUGGCGAGAGCAAGAUUCAGCGAACCCUGAAAAAAUUGAUGAUAGUUUGAUCAAGGAGGAGUAUGAAAAGUCUGAAAAAGUCGCAAAAGAGAUUGGUUUGGAUGAUAACUGGAUACUGUUAAUUUUAUCAAAUCGUGAGAGUACCUAUACAAAGGACCUGGUACCAUUAAAUUGUGCUAUUGUUGACAAAGAUAAUUUUAAUGAUUUUUAUGGUAAAAUAUACUCGUCACGUGCUCAAUUUUUCGCAGCUCAAGAUAAAGUUCCUAUUAAUACGGCAAGAUUUUGUGAAUUACGAGCUAUAUAUAGGGUAGGAGAGAAAAUUGCAAAUACUAUUGUUGAAGAUCGUGAUAAUAAUAAGAGAAAAUAUAUUGGCGAUAAUGAUUUAUGCAAACGGAUAAAGAAAUUUCCAC